AUGCACAUCACCCAGCUCAAUCGGGAAUGCCUCCUACAUCUAUUUUCUUUUCUGGACAAAAACAGUAGGAAAAGCUUAGCAAAAACAUGUCACAAGUUCCUAGAAGUGUUUCAGGAUCCUUUACUGUGGUCUCUGUUGAACUUUCACUCUCCAGCGGAACUAAAGAAGGAUAAUUUUCUCCUCGGACCUGCUCUAAAAUACUUGUCCAUCUGCUGGUAUUCAGAGAGAGUCAAGGUGUGUAACAUUGAGGACUGGCUGAAAAACAAUUUCCAGAAAGACUUCUGUAACAGACAUGAAAAGACUGUCAAUGAUUUUUUACUAGGAGUUUGCAACAGAUGUCCAAACCUGCUAUCUCUGACCCUCUCUGGAUGCGGCCACGUUACAGAUGACUGCAUCUUGCUUCUUCUCAAGAACUGCCCAAAGCUCCAGACGCUCAAACUGGAAAAUUGUGUGCGCAUCACCGACCGGACACUAGAAGCCGUGACCCUCUAUGGGGUCUCGCUGCAAACACUCCAUGUGGAUUUCUGCCGGAACGUAACACAAACGGGUCUGGAGAGAGUCAGGGAAGAAUGUCCUUCGGUAAUGCUCAGGGCAGAGAGGAGCGCUAACAUGAUCCCAGACAGUAAGCCCGAAAGGAAGCUGAUGCUUGAAAAAGCACCAAGGAAAUUGGUUCAGCUCUAA